AGUUGAGGGAAGGCGGGUGGUGUGUCCCUGACGUCAUAUCGGCCGCCUGGCUCCCAUUGGCUGGACGGCCUCACCAGACUGAAAUGUUGUUCCUGGGGCUACUCGAGGAAGCUCCUCGGCCGCCGCCGCCCCCGCCUCCUCAUCCGCCAGGGCGAGGGGAGGCGAGGCGGCUCAGAGUGGCGGCUCGCCCUGCGGCUGCGGAACCUAAUGGAGAAACCUGUGUCCAGACUGGAGGAUCAUACCUGGAGUUGUUCCUGUACUGUCAGAGGAAGGCAUAAAACCCCCUUAGGUGGAACUGCUACAGGGCUGGCAGCCAAGGUGGGCGAAAUGCUGAGCUCUUCGGUGGCAAGCUCUCCUCUGACGCUAGUGGGCCACAGAACGCGGCACCCAAGCAGCCCCAGCCUUGGCAGUGGUGCCAGCACUUUGAACUUGAGUAGGGACGUCGUGCAACGGAGCCUGGUGCUCUUUCUUGUGGGCACUUUCCUGGCGCUGGUGCUGAACUUGCUGCAGAUCCAGAGGAAUGUAACCCUCUUUCCGGAGGAAGUCAUGUCUACAAUCUUCUCCUCUGCCUGGUGGGUGCCCCCUUGCUGUGGGACAGCAGCAGCUGUUGUUGGCUUGCUGUAUCCCUGCAUUGACAGUCAUCUUGGAGAGCCUCACAAAUUCAAGAGAGAAUGGGCCAGUGUAAUGAGAUGUAUAGCAGUCUUUGUUGGCAUUAACCACGCAAGUGCUAAAUUGGAUUUUGCAAACAACAUUCAACUCUCCUUGACACUGGCAGCUCUGUCACUGGGUCUCUGGUGGACGUUUGAUCGCUCAAGAAGUGGUCUUGGUCUUGGAAUCACAAUAGCUUUUGUAGCUACCCUGAUCACCCAGUUUCUUGUUUAUAAUGGUGUUUAUCAGUAUACUUCCCCAGAUUUCCUUUACAUUCGGUCUUGGUUGCCAUGUAUAUUUUUCUCAGGAGGUGUGACUGUCGGAAACCUCGGGCGACAGCUGGCUAUGGGUGUUCCUGAGAAGCCUCACAGUGACUAAGUGUUUGGAUCUGCCAUGCCUGCGUGAAGGCAAAGUGAAGAUCGGCUCUUGUCUGAACUAGGACAUUUCUCUUCUCAAAUAACCUGUGUAGGCUCCCUGUGCACAGGCGAAGACACAUUUAUUCACUUUGGAGUGUCCAAGAGCUUACCUUGACUUUUCAGCAAAGCCUCUGUGCUUGGCUGUUCUAGGGAAGAAUUGUGUUUUGACUGAACAUUUAACAAGUUGUGUUUGGGGACAAUUCUCCAAAGCACAAGGUUCCAGUUGAAGUCAUUGAAACAGCUGCCAUAUUUCAAAGCCUUGAAACAAAACUUGAUUACAAGCUUUGUACAAGUGCCCAAAGAGAGUUGACGGGUGCUGAAAGGUGAAGUACUUGGAUGAGUUUAAUAGGAAUAGUAUUUAUCCAAAUGUCCUUUUAAGAUAGGGUUUAAAAAUAAAAGUGAUCAGAAUACAAAUACAAUUCAGAUGUUUGGUCAGAACAGUGACCCUGGCACAGUUCUUGGGAAGUCCUCUUCUGCUGGGGAAAAGGUGCAAGGCCCCUAGCUAGUUCAAUAGAACAUGCACAGGAUAACUGAUUUGGAGUGCUACUUUGACUUGGGAUUUUUUUCUUUUUGAGCAUCCAAUCUCCAGUCAGGUGGACGGGGGGUGGGGGAGAGACUGAUUUGUAGACAGAGAAGCAAUAAGUCUUUCAGCUGCUCAUCUGAUUCCAUGGCCCCUUACUUGUGUCCUGCUGUUGGAGGCACCAGCCAAAAUCAAGUUGUGUUUACUCAUGUACUUCACUGUAUCUCUGGGCAGGUCCUUAGAUACUUUACUGAUGAAAUCUGUCCUCAAGUGUUUUACCAGCAAAAGAGAGAAUUCCUGUGUGACUUCCAUUGAGCAUUCAGGGAGCCUGGAAUGUUUAGAGGCCCAAACAGUAGCUGCUGUGAAAGGAGCAGAGCCGGCCAAAAGUAUUAUUUGAUGCUUCAUGGACAUGAGCCCUGUUUUACAGUAUCUUUUGAAGAGAUCACUACUUUGUGGAUGAAUUGUUUUUAACCCUAUGGAACUUGCAAUCUGUGAUUGCCUUGUAAAGAGUGCUUUUGUCGCUGAAUUAAACAUCUGGUGUUUCUAAAUAGUUCAUGGUGAGCACAAUAGUCAUUUUAAUGAUAUAGACUGUAGUCGACCUAAUUUAACAAGUGUUGGGUCUCAACAUGUUAAGUGCAAUGUACAGUUAAGGUAAAUCUGAGCCUUGUAAUCUCCUCUUUAAUAUUCAUUGUUUGAGGAUAUUAAAAGGAAGGGUUUUGAAUUCAUUUCAGUGCUGCUUGGAGGCAAAAAUCAGCAAUAACUUGGCUAGUAAUUCUAAUUUAUACCUUUACUAAACCCUUUUAAAGAAAUAUUCCAGUUUCGUAGUUAUGGUACAUGCGAUUUCGUACUGCGCUACCCUUUUUGUGUUAGGCACUUACAUUUCCCUUUGUUUCCAACCUUGUAUCGCUUCCAGUCUAGUCCUCUGUUAGACUGUAAGCCGGAGAACUUCCUUCAGGGUCAGUUUCUGUUCCAAGUAAUCACCUAAAACAUUUCUCAGGCUGCUUGGGCCCUGGUCUUCUUUAAAUCCCCCCACCCCAACCUACUGGUAUCCUUUGCUUUCUGACAUGCAAGUGCACAGAACAUGGGCACAAGGCUGUGUGGAUUGGGGCACUGAUCAAGAAUAGCAUUGGAAGAAGCUCUCAAGGUGGUCAGCCAGGGCAGGAGAUGAUGGGGAGGAACUAUGGUAGCUGGAAACACCCAUAUACUCAAGUCUCUCCUUUUGUGGUUAGCAUAGCAGUUGUAGUGACUGCCAGGCUUUCUUCCACUGCUGAGAAGAAAGUGCCUCUUGCACUGUCUGAUGCAGGGCCUUUUCCUCUCCCCCCCCGCCCUUGAAAUUUAGCUCUUUGCCUUGCCAGGGGUACAGUUUGAGAUGCACUGCCAUAAAGUGUUUUUGGAACAUAUUUAAAUGCUGUAGCUGUGUCUCUCUUUUUAUUUUCUUAAAAUGAAGAGGUAGGGAAGACUUCAAGCAGUAAUGUGCAAGCUACUUGCUCUGGAGGAGUUCUAUUGAAGUCUGUGGUAUUAAGGAAUAAUAAAAAUGUAAGUUGCAGCCUUAAAGCCUAGCUUUUGAGACUAUUGGUUUUUAGAGACUUGGCAAUUUUGCUGAAUGCAAGUAGCAUUAUGGUGAACUUAAUGUUCUUUACCAGUGUAAGCAGUUCAGUUUCAAUGGUAUUACUCAAAUGAGUAUGCCCAUAUGAUCAUGUCUGCAAGAUGGAAACAGACAAAUGCACUGUCUUUUCUAGCUUCAGUUUGAAAUGCCAUCACACAGGAGGUGAACUGCUUUCCUAUACCAGAUGUAACUAAAGAGGACAAUUAUAACUGUAAAUAUGUAAUCAUGAAAUCAGUAAGUAUUUGUAAAGGUCUAAAAUGAAAUCUAUGUUUCAACAAGGCAGCCAAAAUUAUAUGUUAGAAGUUCAAUCUUGCCAAUACUUGUAAGUACCUGAACCAAAGUGAUCGGAGUUUGUGUUACGAAGAAGUGGGGAUGGGGGUGUGUGGGGAGGUCUUGCACUAUUCUGGAUUGGAAUCAUAUGAUUCUCAGACUCGGUAGGCUUUCAACAGUGUGUUUUGAUUUUUUUAAAAAAGAAAAUUAAAGGUUUAAAACACCA